AUGGUGAUGAUUAUGUUGAAAUCACUGGGUUUAAAGCAGCUACACCUCCACCACCACAACCACCACCACAAGAUCAACCCAUUCUUGAAGCUCCUGAAUCCUCAAGAUCAAAGAAUAAAGAUUUUUCUAAUCUAUUUGGAGAUCUUCCUCAUGCUACUGGUGAAAGAGCUACAGAAGAAAGUUGGUGAAUUAGAGAAAGAAAAACCCAAAGCUGAAGCUGAGCGUGAUAUGUUAAAGAAGCAGGUUGAGGAAUUGUCGAAAGUUAAUGAAGAAAUAAAGACUGUCAUGAUAAAGCAACAGGAAAAGUUAAAGAAAUUGGAAGAUGGUGUUCAUGACAAUUCACAACUGUUUGAGAUUCUUUCAGCAGAAAAUGUUGAAAUGCGUCAGAAAAUGAAGAAUCUUCAUGACAUAAAUCAAACUUUAAAUCAGCUAUUAAGCGAAAUCAAUGAAGCAUCGUCAAAUGAAAUGAAAGCGAUGAAGCUUGAAAUGGAGGCAAUGAAGGCUGACAAAGUAGUGAAGGAUGAACAGCUCAAUAUGUUAUACACUGUUAUGGAAAGUCAUCGGAACAUUGACGUUCAUGCUGCUUUUAACAACAUUGAAGUCAAAAGAGCCGAAGAGUGUAGGAUUGAAAGAGAAAGAGAGUUGGCUCAAGAAGCAACUCAAAGAAGAAAAGGGUUGGUAGUUGAUACAGAAGAAACUCUUGGGUCUUCAAGUCAACCUGAAGCAGGUGGUUCUUCAAGCCAAGUUGACGUAGAGAUGGUUGAUGCUGAAGUAGAUCCUAAGGGAUUUGUGCUUGUAGAAGGUGAUGAUGAUGAUGAUAAUGAUCAAGGUUCAUCUGGGUUGUUGAUUGUGAAUCCGUCUGUGCAACAAAAGAUUGAAGAUUUUCUGAACGAUGAGAUCAAUGAACAAGAAGAUGAUCAACAUCAAGAAGCUUCUACAUCAGGAAAGCAACACGUCGACCAGUUUGAUAUUGAAGACGAGAUACCUCCGUCACCAGAAAGAGAAUAUGAAUUCAAGUAUUCCCAAGAAGCAGAUAAGUAUGAUGAGGUGAUUGUUGAAGAAGCGUCUGAUUCAUCUGAUGAAGAAACAGAUUUUCAUUACUCUGGUAUUGAUGAAACGUUUCUUUCACUCGCUGAAAUGUUCAAAUAUCAAAAAGAAGAUGAGAUCAGAAGAAAGAUUGUUGAAAAGAUUACAACUGAAGGUGUGCCAAAGACCAUUCCAAGAGAAAAUCUUUCAGAGGAGAGAAAGAAAUGGUUUAAAGUAAUGCCAAAGGAAAGAAAGUAUAUAAGGCCGCUUCAAUACUAUACGCAUGAUGCCAAUGUGACAACUCUCACAAUUCCAGAUAUCCGUAUGAAUUAA